AAUUCCAUGGUAAAAAGAACAAAAUUUGAAUACAAAUUGGUAAAAUUAGGAAAUAGGAACCCUAAGCCUUCUUCUUCUUCGAUGCAACUCGUCACUCUUCCUUUCCACUCUCUAGUCUCCAGUUCUCCUUCUUCUUCUUCGAUUCAAUUCAUCACUCUUCCUCUUUAGUAUUCAACUCGUCACUCUUCCUCUCUAGUCUCCAAUCUCUAAUCCAUUGCUUGUCCAGAGUCCAAACAAAUUGGCAAAGAAGAAACCCAAAAAAACGCUUCUCUAGCUCUUCCAUCCAAAUUUGGAAUCAUACUUCUUUUGUUCUUCAUCAGAUUUUCAUCAUGUCACAAAGGUCAUUCUCUCUCUCUCGAUCCUCUUUGACAUGACAAUCCCUCUUCUCCAGUUCUCUUUAGAGCCACAGAUCUUAUGUUUCCAGGAGAAUACGAACUUGAAAAGGCAAGAUCCUUUUCAAGGAAAUUACUUGAGAAAUACGUAUCAAUAGAAAAUGGAGAGCAGUCUUUCCUCAAAACGAUGAUCAAGCAUGAGCUAAGUGUUCCAUGGAUUGCUCGACUGGAUCACUUGGAACACAGAAUGUGGGUUGAAGACAAAGAUAUGAAUGCAUUGUGGGCUGGAAAGACUUCCUUCCAUAGGACAGAACUGGAAGAGCUGACAAGGUGGUCUAGGAAAUGGGGUCUUGUCAAUUUGGGAUUUGCUAGAGAGAAAACAACAUAUUGUUACUUUGCGAUAGCAGCCUGCGUUUCUUUACCUUACAACUCUGCGUUAAGAAUGAUGGUUGCAAAGAGUGCAAUUCUCAUUACAACUGCUGAUGAUUUUUUUGAUUCUCACGGUUCGCUACAUGACCUCAACACCCUCAUCUCUGCAAUUCAAAGAUGGGAUGGCAAGAGCUUGAAUGGGCAUUGCAAAACUAUCUUUGAUGUCCUUGAUGAUCUUGUGAAAGAAAUUGCGGCGAAACACCUCCAUAGUCAAGGAUCAGAUCUAACAAACCAUCUGCAACACCUAAAGGAAGAAGAGCAAGGAAAAUUGAACACAGUGCUGCUAUAUUUGAAAGAAAAUCCUGAGGCAGAUAUUGAAGACUCAAUUGCUUAUGUGAAAGGAAUGCUAGAGACGAAGAAUAAAGAACUACUUCAACAUGCUUUCAUUGAUGGCUUUAGUGAUCUGCCAAAACAUUGCAAGCAGCUUCAUCUAUCAUGCCUGAAAGUAUUUGCGAUAUAUCCGGGCGGCGGACAGAUCGACCUCAUCUCGGGAAACAUGCCCAAUUUUGAAAAAGAUGAAGACGUUGAGACAAGGAACAAAAUGGAGGUUGACGAGCUCAUUAAUUGCAAAGAUUUUGAAAUCCCUGUUGAAAUUGGUGAGAGAGUUGCAGUGGGCCCUCAACAGGUUGCUUUCGUUCAAAAAAAUGAGGACGUGGAGGCAAGGAGAGCACUAGAAGAUGUUGAGUCUACCAACUGUGCAGAUUUCGAAAGUCUUCCUAAUGCCGGCAAUGAUGUGAGAGUUGCAGUGGGGCCUCUUGAGAUUGCCUUGGUUCAAGAUUUAUCAAAGAAGGGCGAGUCCCCUAAGCCCAAUCCUAAUAUGGAUAAGACAACUCAAAGCCCGUCAAAAGGAAGGAAUAUGGAGAUUGAACCAGAGGAAAACAUAACCAGCAUUCACCGAAAGCUCGUGUGUGAAAAGAAUGCAGCAAACAAUUCAGAGAGACACUUCUGGGAAGAUAUGGACAGCGAUUCCGGUGAAAUCAAAGAAUGGAUGCGCCUACAUGACGGUAGGACCCUAAAAACUACCAGAAAAAAGAGGAAGAAAGCUCGAUCAUGUGCUGAGGUCUACCAAAACUCCAGAGCUGUGCAGAUUUCGAAAGAUAAAAUGAAGAGAAGGGGACGACCAAGUAGUGGACAUUCCAUUCCAACUUUUCUCCCAUGUGCAGAAAUACAUGUGGCUGGCGAAUCCAUUGACGACAGUGACAUCAGAAACUGCAACAGAGGAAUACAAGAAAAAAAAAACAAGAAAGAGAUGUGUAAGGACUGGGGACCCAAGCCAUUCCGUUUCUACGAUGCAUGGUGGGACUCUAACGACCUUAAAGAGCUGUUAACCCAAGCUUGGACCUCUGUGAAGGUUCAAGGAUGGAAAGGCGUGAGAAACCUCCAAUUGUUCAACCUAGCUUUACUAGGGAAGUGGUGGGGCAGAUUAGCCAUAGGAGAUAUUAGCCUAUGGAGCCAAUUAAUCAAAGAGAAGUAUGGUCACAAUAGAGAUAAUUGGCUGUGUUGGUUAAGGGAGGGCAACGACAAGGGCUCACUAUGGUGGAGAGAUCUAUGCAAGUUAGGAGAGAUGGGGGGCAGAACCAAUGAUUGGCUUAGGAGGGGAUUCCAAUUAAAAGUUGGAGAGGGAGCAGUAGUCAGAUUCUGGUGGGAUGAUUGGGUAGGAUGUGGGCCCCUUGCUGAAAAAUUUCCCAGAUUAUUCCUAUUAUCUGCAGGUCAGCAACAUUCAAUCAACCAAAUGGGGAACUGGAUAAAUGGCACUUGGAGCUGGAAUCUUCCAUGGAGAAGGAUGCUUUUGCAGAGAGAAAGAGCUCAGAUUGAUCCCCUUAUGAAUAUCCUAAACGGGGUUAAAAUCCAACAUGGAAUUCAAGAUACUUCGAGAUGGGUGCACAGCAAGGAUGGUAAUUACAACACUAGUGAAGCCUACUCUUUACUUGCUGCUGAUGGUGAACCUAGUGAUCCUAGCAUCUACUCCAGGAUAUGGAAUGGUAACAUCCCCUCUAAAGUAUGUGCUUUUACUUGGAAACUAGUUCAAAAUCGCAUUCCUUCCAAACUUAACCUGUCAAAACGAGGGAUGUGUAACUUUCAAGAUGGACUCAUUUGUGUCUUUUGCACUACUGUUGUUGAAGACACAAACCACCUAUUUCUACACUGCAAAACAGCCUUUAAUCUCUGGUCAAAAUGUUUUCAAUGGUGGGGAGUUGAACAUGUAAUGCCUGGAACAUGUUGGGAUGCCUUUAACCAACACAAAGACCUUUUCAACAACACAAUAGUUAAAAUAGGUUGGGAAAUUAUAUGGUUUGCAAUCACUUGGACAAUAUGGCUGGCAAGAAAUGAGGUAAUAUUCCAGAAUAAACACUUGGACGAAGCGAAACUAUUUGACUUGGUGCAAACUCGUUCAUUCCAGUGGCUUAAACUCAAAGGUGAAGGGAAGGGGAUCUCAUUCUCUGAUUGGAUACAACAACCAAGAUUGAGCACUCUUGCAGCCUUCACAAAAAAGAGGGCAGACAUUUGACAAGGGCCAUACAAUGGAGGUGAGACCCUUUUGGGUGAGGAGAAGAUAAGUGCUAAACCUAAUUGUGGUGAUGAAUAACAUUUAAUUGCAUGGUGCUUAAUUUGGGUCUUUACUUUCAUUUUUAUUUCUGCAUGAUUAUGUAAAAAAAGCCAAGUGUUAUGUAAUUAAGAUUGAUGGGCUCA